CUUUUCUUCACCAAAUUUCUCUCUCUCUCGGAAGAGAAGUCUCUCUGUAAACAAUAUACCUGGACAGAGAAAAGAGCAAUGUGUCCGCUGAGAAUUAUCUUGAUCUUCCUGUCGGCUACGCUCGCUGGGUUUUUCCUGCUGAAGAACCUCAAAUCUCAACCAAAAGUCGCCGAGAAUGACGAUUCCCCUAAAGAUUCGGUGAAUAAUCCCUCUCAAUCAACUGCUCCUGUCAACCGAUUCUCGAAGGGUUGGGGGGCAAUUGGGGCUGGUUUCUGGACCUGUGUGGACAUGGCAAGUGGCCGCUAUCUCUGGAGGACUUUGGUGUCAUCUUCCUCCUCUUCGUCAUCUUCGAAACUCUCCAACUGAUCCCCCCCCUCUCUCUCUCUCUCCUCGUCCUUUUCUUCUGUCAUUUCUUGGUUCGGUGCAGAUGAAUAGGUUUGAUUGUUGCUUUUCAAUCUCAAUUGUUUCAAUGUUGUACUCAUCACGCUUUUCUCAGCGCUAUAACUGUAUGUUACAAAGAUUCAAUCUUGAUUUGCUCUUCGAUUGAAAAUGGGGGAUUCUCUUGUAUUUUGAAACCUUAGCAAUACCUCAGAAUGUAUGCCAACUCUCACACAUUAUAUGAUGUUGCUCUCUUCUUGCUAUACAAAG